GCAUUGCUUUUGUGUUUACCGUGCAUUUCUCUUGGCGCCAAAGUAAAUAAAAACAACAGUAGAGCUGCCUGCAUUGAGUUAACUUUAAAUAUUGGAAUUUACUUCUUGUGGAUGUGUAAGAACAAUGAAGUUUCGAGCAGUAAUGGUGGAUGCUGGUCCAAUGCGAGAAUUUACAAAUAUAGUUAGCACAAUAUCGAAGCUUUCUAAGGAAUGUGUCGCGAGAAUAGCUGAUGAUCAACUUUAUUUCAUUGUUAGCGAUGAAAAUAGUGGCCCGGCGCCACCAAUAUUAUGGUGUGAAAUUCCACAAGCUAUGUUUUUUUCUGAAUACCAAAUGGUGGGUUUAGAUGAGGAUCACAAGGAUAUAUACUUAGAAUUCACUUCUGCAAAUUUAGCAAGGUCGCUGCUAACCUUAAAAAGUGCAAAGGCUUUAAAAAUGAAGCUAACGAAGAAGCAAUGCCCAUGCCUUACAUUAGAAAUUGAAGUGCCAUCAUCAACAUCACAGCAGACCCGGCAAGUUACUCAUGACAUACCUGUCAAGGUCAUCCCAAGGAAGUCAUGGUCAGAUUUCCAAGAGCCAAAGAUACCCAAACCAGAUAUAUCAAUAGAACUGCCAGCACUGAAGCAGCUGCGAACCACUAUAGACCGCAUGAGGACAAUGGCUGCUGAGGUGAUGAUCCGAGCCUCCGCCGAGGGCCGACUGACAUUGCAGAUUAAGACGGAUACUAGCAAAGUCUCCACCAGAUUCAAGGACUUAAGGGUGGAGGCGUUUGAGGGUCCCAUAGAGCACUCGGAUUCUGAAACAGAAACGCAAGCAAACGAAGACAUGUCCCACAUCUGCUAUUGCCGUGUAGAUGCAAAGAAAUUAUCCAUGUUUCUGAGUGCAGAUCAAAUCUCACAUAACAGGACCGUGUGCAGUAUAGUCCAUAAGAAAUUAGUUAUUCUAUGUUUGCAGACAGAAGAAAAUGUCAAGUUACAGUGUUUUAUCACUGGUAUUGUAUUCUAAUAGGUUAAACUUUUGACCUGACUGAAAAAAGUUAAUGUUAUAACACCGCGG